AUGGUCACCCCCGUCGGCGACAACGACGAUGACGGUGCCCAAAACGACGCUCCAGGGAACCUAGACGAGGAUGACGACACGGCGGAGGAGGGCGCCGCCGCCGCUGGCGCGAACACCACUGUUGGCGGCGGAAACCAAAGUGCUGCUGCCGCCGCUGCUGCCAUCGAUGUCGGCGCGGGCGCCGACGGCAGCAGCGUAUCUGCAUUAGAGGGCUCUUCGCGUCCCGGAGCGGUUGACGGCAGCACGGACUAUGACAAUGACAACGACCAGAGCGACUUGUACGUGGAUGUGGACCCCGAUGUGGAGGACUACGACGCCAAUCAGGACGUGGACCCCAAGAAACUGGUGCAGAGGGGGCAGUCGCAGAAACAGAAGCAAGGCGAACAGGAGCAAACGCCGCAAAAGCAGAAAGCGGAAAAGCAGGAUGUUGAAAAGGCGGGGCAGCAGGAGCAGCAGCAGCAGCAGCAGCAGCCCCCGGCGGAGGGGGCGGCAGCGGAGGCGGUGGUGGAGGUGGAGGGGGCGCCCGAUGGCUGCGGCUCCCUUAGUCGUGAGCUGUUGGCCCAGUGGGCCGUGAACAACACCGUGAUGGUCGCCUUCACGAACUCCAUCAUGUUCAGGAACUUCGGGCCCACAUGGCUGCACCACGUGCGGAAGGCUGGGAUCAAAUACUGGGUUCUGGCGGUUGCUGACAACGACACCGCCAAGCUGGUCCGGAAUUACGGCGCCGAUCACUGCUUCCUGGUGCACGAGAACGAGAUUGAUGACACGGCUGCAGAUUUCAAGUGGGGCAGUCGCAGCUGGCAGCUGCACACCUGGCAAAAGGUGCUGACCGUACGGCACGUACAUAUGUUGGGCUUCCACGUCAUCAACUCCGACAUGGACGUCGUCUGGCUCCGAAACCCGCUGGAGCACUUUUUGGUCAAGUACACGGAGCCCGACUACUGGGUCUCCAUGGACCCCAUCACCACCGCCAACCCCCUCGGGGACGAUGGCCCGGAGCUGGGGGUCAGCACCCACCACUACAUGAACACGGGUGUUUACUUUCUGCGCCAAACCCCCGGCGGUCGGGCGCUGAUUGACAAGUGGUAUGAGAUCCGCUCGGAGAUGCAGAAGACCGGCUUCCAUGACCAGGACGGACUCUACAAUUACUUCAAGGAUAGUGGCCAGCUUGUACGGCAGGACAUCAGGGUGACCCUGGUGGUGGAGGGCAAGACCAAGCUGGCCCAGCUGCCCGCCACUCUCUUCCAAAACGGCUACUCGCACUGCAUCAACCAGAUACACAAGGUCCACGGUCUUCAGCCGUUCGAGGUGCACUUCGUGUGGGUGUGGGGCGGCAACGCCGGGAAGAUCAGCCGCAUGCGUGAGCAAAUGUACUACAUUGAUCCGCCAUCGUACUAUUCGGAUGGGUACUUCCUGUCGUACGACGUGGAGCCAAUCCAGGUCCGGUUGCAGAUCUCACGCGGCUCCACAUCCGCCGCGGCCCUUGCGGACCUCCCGCUGCUUUUGUUGCUGCUGCAUUUGCUGUCUUGCAAGAUGGUGCUGGUGCUGGUGCUGGAUCCGGCGGGAUUCAACGAGUGGCGGGACACGGAGGCCAUGGUCGAGACCCACCUGACCGCUCUGGACAGCCAACUGACGGACACUUGGUACGGCCUGGCGCUGGCGGCCCUGCUCAACCGUACUGUCGUACUGCCGAAGAUGAAGUGUUUCUGCAUCCAGAACUGGUUUGAGAACCCGCAGUGCCGACUGCCCGGUGAGCCGCACACGCGCUUCCCGCUGGCUCCCGCCUGCCCCGCGGACUAUGUGUUCAACAUGGACGCGCUGGCCAGCUUCAACGUGUCAGGGCGCCGAGUGGAGUUCAGGGAGUUCAGUUUCCUGGACAACGAACGAACGCACGCGGAGGUCAAGGAACGACCGCUGGUAGUGAUCGCCAGUCGCAAGGCCACCGCGCCCAGCCGCGACGGCGACGUGCUCACCAUCCCGUCUGGCCUCAAAUCCGGCCCACUGCUCGCCGCGCUACAGCCCUUCCUGCAGGCGCCAGCCGCGGACGUCGCGGGUAAAACUGCGGCCAAGAAGGUUACCGGUGCCGCCCCUAAGCGACUGCACUUCCGCAACCCGCGUCUGGCGUUUGGCGGCUGGAGCGACCCCGCCGUGGCUCAGGAGUUCGAGGCGCAUGUGGCGGGUUUACCCGUGAGGUGGUGUUGUCGCCCUGAUGCGGUGGCGAAGGAGCAUAAAGUGGAGGUGCACCACCAGCUGACAAUGCACCCCGCAAAGGAGGUGACGAAGGAGGGCGGGGGCGGCUCCGCCUCCGCUGCUACGGCCCAAGCCCGCCUCCGCCUCCGGCUGCAGCACUGA